UUUUUUUCGGUUUCGGUUUUCAAUCUGUUCUGUUUGUUCUGUCGGAACCGACGCAGAGGAACAACUCCUGCUGGUUCCGGUAGUCUCGGGUGGUCGGAGGGUUGAUUGACACCCGGGGUCCCGUUGAGGCUCGCGCCAGACGCGGAGCGACAGAUGACGUGUAGAGGACGUAGACCGUAUGGUGUGAGGACAGACCAGGACUAACUGCUGCCAGAAGAGUCCUCUGCUCAGACUGGCUGGAUCUCAAGCUGUGGUCUCUGUGGACCUGGUCUGUAGUGGACUUGGACUGAAGUCAGGAUUGUCCCCGUGUGGAUCAGGACUGUCCUGGUCUCACUCAGACUGGGACAUGCAUCUGUGGAGCGGUAAAGUUGUGACGGUGAUCCUGCUGUUAGCUCUGCUGCUGGGAGUGCUGUACUACUACAACUUCCAGUCCUACAGACUUGUUGUGUCCUUUGAGCAGGAUCAGAUACCACCAGAGGGCGGAUCUGCUGCCAAUACCGUCAUCACAAGUCAUGAGCUCCACCUGGUGGCCCCCAACAAUUUGCAGUACAAACAGCCCAGCAUCGUGCAGGGUCGUACCGAUGUGGUGACGGUGACGCCCUGGUUGGCUCCUGUGGUCUGGGAGGGAACCUUUAACCCGGUUCUCCUGGACAGCAUCUACACCCAGAAGAACAUCACCAUCGCAGCCACCGUGUUCGCUGUGGGAAAGUACAUCAUGUUCCUGAAAAACUUCCUGGAGACUGCAGAGCAGCACUUCUUCGUUGGUUUCAAGGUGCACAUAUACGUCUUCACCGACCGGCCAGAGGAAGUGCCCAAAGUCAAAAUGGCCGCUGGCAGACAGCUGAUGGUGCAUUCAGUGCCCAGUUCCAGGCGUUGGCAGGAGAUCUCUGCUCGCAGGAUGGAGCUCAUCCAGACGCUGAUAGAGGAGAAGCUUCAAAACGACGUUGACUACAUCUUCUGUCUGGACGUGGACUCGAAGUUCCACGGCCGCUGGGGGACGGAGUCACUGGGCGGACUGGUGGCUGUGAUUCAUCCAGGUUACUACAGAGAUGACCGCAGCAAGUUCCCCUACGAGCGGAGGCCGGCCUCCCGCGCCUACGUGGCUCCUGGACAGGGAGACUUCUACUACUGUGGGGGGGCGUUUGGAGGCCUCCUCCAGGAAGUACACCUGCUCGCCAAGACCUGCCGCUCCAACUUCGAGGCUGACGCCAAGGAAGGCAUCGAGGCUGCCUGGCAGGAGGAGAGUCACCUGAACAGGUACAUGUGGAUCAACAAGCCCAGUAAGGUCCUGUCACCUGAGUACCUGUGGCAAGACUUCAAAUCCAGAAACCCUGAAGUUCACAUCAUCAGGUUCUCUGGAGUCGUCAAGAACUACGCUGAGAUCCGACCGAACGUCUGAGAGAGCCAAAGAGCUAGCUUAGCUUAGCAUAAGGACCGGAAGCAGCUGCCCUGGCUCUGAUUAAAGGUGACAGCGUGCACCCAGCAGCUCCUCCAACAUGAUGCAUUAAUCCAACAGAUCCAGAUCCACAGACCCAGUGCUGACACACUGUGUGAGACAUUUCCUGUCCAAACAGACAAAGAUCAGAGAAAAGAAAUUUCAGCACAGCUUUGUUUCUCCUUCUGUUCUACCUCACAAACAAACUCAGGACCCCUCAGAGGGGCCCGACCCCCCAGUUUGGGAACCACUGGAUGAAACUACCUGAUGAGAUGUGAAGUAAUUAAAACGAGGUGAACGAUCAGUGCAAAGAAUCUGAUGAUGAAAACUACUUUUCCUCUGCCGGAUUUUAAUGCAGGAGUUCUUCCCUUGUUCUUUUGUUCUUUUCCUGAAGCAAAGAUCGGAGGACUGAUUUCACCCCCCCACCUCUCAUCGAGUCUUUAUGCUAAGCUAAGCUAAACGGCUGCUGUCUGUGCAGAACAAAGAUUUCAUUUUCCAAACUGUUGCACUGUGUCUGCUUCAGAUGUAACUCAUGAAGCAGACUUCCGGGCCCUCUGUGGGUCUGGGGCCCCUGGGGCCCACCUCGCCUGGUCAAUAGUCAGCCUUAAAAACAUUUACAAGUGUUGCAGUUAGACGUGUAGCACCACCCUCAGGUCUGUUCAUUUCAGAGCAUUUUUCUUUUGUUUCGCGGGAAGGGGUCAGAAUCAGGAUCAGGCUUUUUGUGCUGGUUCAGAUUCUCUUACUUGUCGGACAAACAGGUGAGACUCAGGUUCAUCAGGUGAGACUGACUCACCUGCAUCAGAGCUUCCAUUUGUUCACUCUGUGGUGUUUGCACCUGACGUCCUCUCAGUUUCUGUUGGUUCUUUCAUGUAAUAAAACGAGAAAGAAAUUUCUUUCUUUUCGUCUUUU